CUCACAUUCCGAACGAACCGAACGGUUCAGCGCAUUCGGUUUAUUAAAUAAAUUUUAAAAAAAAUGUGCUAAUGUGACAUCAGAUUUUAAAAGAAUAUUUUUUAUUAAAAUUGUCUUUGUUAGAUCUGUGCAAUAUAAAGCAUUUGUUUUUAAAAUAAUAAUGGCCGGUUCGAUUUCCCGCGUUAUUUUUAUUCUGUGCUGUUUCGUUACGAGUGAACAACAAAAUAUUUUGAAGAAAGAUGCAUUUGACAGUGUGCCGCAGCUCAUAAUGUCAGCCGGUUAUCCAGUAGAGAAGCACCGAGUAACCACUACGGAUGGUUAUAUUCUGCAACUGCACAGGAUACCGGCUGGUAAGAGGACGGCCAGGAAGACAUUCAGCGCCAAGGGCAAAAAGACAGUGCUGAUAGGUCAUGGACUACUGGGGAGUAGCAGUGACUUCGUUAUGAUGGGACCAGAUAGGAGUUUAGCUUAUAGUUUAGCGGACGAAGGCUACGACGUUUGGCUCGCAAAUCUCCGAGGCACCAUUUAUAGCUCUCACCAAAACUACACGAAAAAUAACCCUAAAUUUUGGGAAUUCAGUUUCCACGAACAUGGUAAAUACGAUCUACCAGCUUCUAUUGAUAAAGUGCUCAGCGUCACUGGUGUCUCCAAAAUCAUGUACAUCGGUUACUCGAUGGGGACGACGACUUUUUUCGUGAUGGCAUCAGAACGACCGGAAUACAAUGAUAAAAUUAUAUCUUUCGUCGCACUCGCACCAGCUGUAUACUUUGCCAACAUUAAACCAAUUGCAGAAUGGCUUUUAAAGAGUUUAAAAAUAUUGGAUCAAUUGCGAGUCCAAGGGAUACAGUAUCUGAACGUUCGGCAAGAUGUUCGCGAAAUGAUUAUCCAAAGCAUGUGCUACACGCAAAAGCCACAAGAUAACAUCUGCGCAAGAAUAAUCUAUAUGUUUGUUGGAAACGAUGAGGAACAAUAUAAUCAGGACAUAACCGCACUAUUCUUGGCAAGAUUUCAGCCCGCUUCAUUUCGUCAAUUUGAACAUUUUGGGAAAAUUGCCAUGACAGAUGUGUUCACUUCAUGGGAGGACGGUUUAUGGGGUAGCGUGAGAAAAUACAAACUAUCCAAUGUAAGAGUACCCGUCACAUUGCUUUAUGGUGAAAACGAUCAACUGACGGAGAAAUCGCAAGUUCUACGUCUAGCUGAAGAGUUGAACGCCACUGGAGUGCUGGAAGAUGUUCGACCAGCUAGUUCCUGGUCCAAGUUCAAUCAUCUUGAUUUUGUCUUCGCAAAGGACGUUGCAUCCAUAUUUAACAAACCUCUUCUCACGACUAUUAAAUCAUUGUUUUAUAAAUAUGGGUAAUAACUAUGGAGUUAUACCUAAUAUGGG